AUGGUUACUGACGCCGAGAUAAGGAAAAACUCCCCAAUUACCCUUGGGGUUGUACAUGAUUUGGCUCGUAAAUGUGGUUUUACACUCCCUUCGGAUCAGGAAGAUGCUUUUCUACUCGCACUUCAGACUUCCCUAGAUAUUGCCCUGGAGGUAAAUGCAUUGAAGGAUUACAUCGACCCAAGAUUGAGACCCGUGGCCACGAAGGACGGCCAGCGCACCUAUUGCAGGCCUGACGAGAAACAGGAGAACAGCCUCAAUACUUGGUGUCAUAGAUUUGAACUUAUAGCGAAUACACAGGAUAGCCAUCUUCUCACGGGCCGUCGAAUUGCGUUGAAAGACACCAUUGCAGUAGCAGGCAUUCCUCAGACCCUGGGUACAUCUCCUCGGUUUAUCUCUAGCACCGGGCAGUAUCCUCGGUCGAAGAUCGAUGCUCCUGUAGUUUCACGGCUUCUUCUCGCUGGUGCAACCAUUGUGGGGACUACUACUUGUGAAAACUAUUCUUUAUCGCCUAUGUCUUAUAGCGCUGAAUCGGGACCGGUCCAUAACCCCUGGGCUCGCAAUUUCAACAGUGGUGGUAGCAGUAGUGGUGCUGCCGCGCUCGUUGCUCUAGGACUUGCUCGCCAGGCUGGUGUCCUAGGGCUAGAAAAUGCAGGCCCCGAUGUCCAAAUUGCCAUCGCUGGUGAUCAAGCCGGCUCGAUCAGAGUCCCAGCAGCCUACUGCGGUAUCUAUGGACUCAAACCUACUCAUGGAUUGGUUCCUUACACCGGUAUUGCGGGUCUCCUGCCCAUGAUUGAUCAUGCUGGACCACUGGCGCGCACUGUUGAGGACAUAGCCGUAUGCCUGUCUGCUAUCGCUGGAUAUGAUGGCCUUGACGCGCGCAUGGGUCCAGAGAGCCCCUUGAGAGAGAACGUAAGGCAAUAUCACGAUGAACUGGCCCAGUUCAUCCAAGCACUGCCAGAGAACAAGAAAGUGUUGAACUUCUCUGGAAUGGGCAGACCCUUGCGUGUUGGCUUGAUUCUCGAAGGUUUUAAUAUUCAGGCAAUGUCUGAGGAGGUGGCUCGCACAGUCCGACAUGCAGCAGAGAAACACUUUACUGCGAUGGGUGCUUAUGUUUUGGAUGUUUCAAUUCCGUUGCAUACUUUGGGAGCUGCCAUCUGGACUGCAGCUACGCGUAACCAGAUGGCCUCUCACGCCUUCGGAGGAAGGGCAAGCGAUUUUUUGAUUCACGACAUGCCUCAUAUUGAGUAUCGCUGGCCCCCGGAUCAGGAGAUGUGCGACUCCCUUACAAAGCAUAACCCUGCGGUGAUCAACACAAUAUUGGGCGAGAAAAUUCUCACAGAUAUCAACUACGUACCGAUCUCAGCCCAGAAUAAGGCUCGCCGCCACGUCCUCCAGUUACGUACAGCGUACGAUUCGGCUUUUUACAAUGGCGAUUUCGACGUGCUCAUAACACCCGCGACUCUAACCGUGGCUCCUCUUCAUCCAGAUAUGGAUGGAGGUUCUGCACUGGACAAGCUCAAACUUGCUGCCGGUUCUACCAACAACACGUCCCCUUUCAAUGCUACAGGUCAUCCAGCGUUGAGUGUCCCGUGCGGCUGGGGGACCUCUUCAGAUGGUGUGACUCAACUACCCAUUGGCAUGCAAAUUAUAGGCAAGAGAUUUGAUGACUUGUGUGUGCUCAAGGCGGCGAAGAUUUUUGAAUUAGGCGGAGGCAGUUUGGGACCGUGGCCGGGGAGGGUCUGA